AUGCGGUCUCCUCAUGGUCUGCUCAAAGUCUUCCGCGAGGUAGCCCUGCCAGCAAGCAGGAUGCAUUGCUGGCUCACAUGGUCGGAGCCUGCUUCCAAACGUCAAGACCAGCUCGGACUGGCAGCAGGUGCUCCGACUGCAGCUGGCAGCAUGACCGAUCUGGGGGGCUACCCUCGAUCGAGGCCUGCCUGCAACAAUGCGUUCUGCCAAAGCGCCUGGCCUCGCCUACGAAGAAACGUCUGCAGGAGCGCCGGCAGAGCAUUGCGGAAUCCGAUCGAGGAGAGAAAGGUCUCGGCGCGACGCCUCCUGGCAAGCGCCGGCCAUCGCUCUCGGAAUCCACGCCGAGCCAGUCUUGCUUGGCCUUGUCGCGAUGCACUUGCGCGCGGUCACUUGGCUUCCCUGCACGGCGCCGCCGAAUUUCCUUGCCUUGCUGGCGCCUCGCGAGAAAACCUGAGACCAACACUUUCUUUUUUCCAGCUCGGCCUGCCAGCGCUCGGCGUAGCAUCGAAUUCGACCGCGACCGCCUCGCUGGCACGCUGCAGCACCAUCAGUUCUCUGUCGCCACCCCUGAUCUUGCAACAGCAGUCGUUGCACUCGGCACCCGGCACCAAGCCCUCCUCUCCCCUCCCUCUACUGCUUCCCUUGCGGAUAGUCUCCUCCGUUUGA